CAGAACGGCGAGUGAUGGACGUGCAGGCUGGCUGCCUCUGAACGGGGCCAUUUUUCUUUGAAAGUUUUUUGGUGACUGGAUGUCCUGCAACAGUCAAUGGGGCGACUGCAACUGAGGCAGAAAAACUGUGUGAAUCAUGUGAAUAGCAAAUGAGAGAGAAUUAAGAGUAAUGUUCCAGAACGAGUCAUUUGCAAUGCCUGAAGCAAUCUCUGCAUAGUGAGCGGCGGAAGGUAGGAACUACAAACAGAUCAGAUCUGUAUUACUAAUGUGGAUUGCCUGGCCCUGAAGAAUAAAAGGAGAAGGAACAUAAUUCACAGGAACUGAGAAAGGAUGGAAGCUCUAACACCGACGCACAUCAGCUGGCAACCUUCAGCAAACACCAGUGCCCACCGCACAAAUAGAUAUGCCCACAAACAACUGAUCGUGAGGAGAGGACAGGGCUUCACCAUCACCUUAUACUUCAACAGGCCACUGCAGUCUGGAGACAGCCUAGCAUUCAUCACCGAAACUGGACCGUCCCCUUCAGAAGCAAGUCGUACCAGGAACGUAUUUAACCUCUCUGCAGCGGGAGCCAGUGGCUGGAGUGCGAGCCAAGGACCCAGCGAAUCCAACUACACAAACUUUACGCUCUCCAGUCCAGCCAACGCUCCCAUUGGCCGUUACAACCUCAGCCUCCAGAUCACCUGUGGUAACCAGGUCUCCUCCAGGUUCCUGGGACAGUUUGUGCUGCUCUUCAACCCAUGGUGCCCAGGUGAUGAAGUCUACAUGGAUGAUGAAAGUGAGAGACAGGAAUAUACGCUGAAUGAAAACGGAAUCAUCUUUGUGGGAAAUGCAAAGUACAUUCAAGCAAGAGGAUGGUACUAUGGGCAGUUUCAAGAUCGCAUUCUAAACAUCUGCCUUACCAUGCUGGAUCUGAGCCUCUACUACCGUCAGAACCCAGUCGCCGACGUAACCCGCAGAGGAGACCCAAAAUACGUGGGUCGGGUGCUCAGUUCUAUGGUCAAUGGGAAUGACAAUGAUAACGGGGUGCUGCUGGGGAACUGGCAGGGAAAUUUCACCGAAUACGAGAAUCCAUCCAGAUGGGAAGGCAGCGUAGUCAUCCUCCAUAAAUGGCUUCAGGACAAUUACCGCCCUGUGCAGUACGGCCAGUGCUGGGUUUUUGCAGGCGUGAUGUGUACAGCCCUGCGGUGCCUGGGGAUCCCUAACCGCCUGAUCACCAACUUCAAUUCCGCCCACGAUUCGGACAGAAACCUGAGCGUGGAUAAAUACUAUGACCCUUAUGGGAGGAGUCUCCCGAUCGGCAAAGACUCUUCGUGGGAUUACCAUGUCUGGAACGAAGGCUGGUUCAUUCGGACAGACCUGGGAGCAUCAUACAAUGGAUGGCAGGUCCUAGACUCAACUCCACAAGAGCCAAGCAAAGGGAUAUUUCAGUGCGGUCCUGCCUCUGUUGUAGCCGUCAAACAAGGUGAUGUAGACUUGAGCUAUGACACCUUAUUUGUGUUUUCGGAGGUGAACGCCGAUUGCAACCGGUGGAUCGUCUACAGCAAUGGAACUAGGAAACGAGUUUAUUGUGAUACCGAGGUAUUUGGCAGGUCUAUUAGCACCAAGGCUGUGGGCAGCAAUGCCCGUGUGGAUGUCACUAACAACUACAAAUACCCAGAAGGCUCUUCUGAGGAAAGACAAGUGUAUAGAAAGGCAUGGAACAAGAUAUUUGGAUCAAACACCACAGAAAGACGCCCAGAGGUUCUUAAUGAAAGAUCCACAGAUGCAGCUAGAAAUCCUGGUAUCUCUGGGAGAUUCAAGCUGGUUGAACCCCCAGUGCUUGGACACGACAUCAGCUUAAUUUUAAUUCUCAACAACUUGUCUUCUGAACACAAGUCUGUUAAGGUGAACAUGAGUGCAUCAAGUAUCCUGUACACCAGGACAACAGUGGCAGAGAUCCUGCAGGAAACCGCCUCUGUUGAACUCGGUGCUAACUCAGAAAAGCAUAUUCUACUAAAGUUCCCUUACUCCCGGUAUGGAAAGCACCUGACCGAUGACAAGAGGAUCCUAGUCACUGGGUUGUGUGAAGUCACGAACAUACCAGGGGUGAAGUUUCUGGUGGAGAAGACAAUUAUGUUAGAGAAUCCCAAAAUCAUCAUCAAGGUUCCUUCCCAGGUUGUGGUGAACAGAGCAGUUAACCUAGAGAUCUGGUAUACCAACCCUCUCCCGGAGCCUGUGGAGGACUGUGUGCUGCUGGCAACACUGAUGAAUCAGCAGGUCAAGAUAAAUGUGGCAGGACUAGCACCGAAGGAGCAAUCGAUGAUUUAUUAUGAAUUCACACCCCGCCAGACCGGCAACUUGCAGCUGCAGAUAGACUUCUCUUGUAACAAGUUCUCACAUGUUAAGGGGUUUGUGACAAUUUACGUGGCACCUGGUCACUAACUGACUUGCAGCACUUGCAAUUUGUCUGACCUUGGCGGUAAUCUCCGAUUUCUGCGCUAGCAUUAAAAAUCAUUUACCUCUGCA